AUGCGCUCAGCCGCGCAGGUGUUCUACCUGGCAUCCUCCUCCAAACGUCUGCGAUGUAAGCAACAAAUAUCGCCUGGAGCGAUAGUAUCCGACGCGUGCGCAAGCUACAACACCCUUGAACAGCUUAACGAAGCCAUCCACCCUUACCUCCAAUCCAUUACGCAAAACACCGACUUCUUCUCCCACUACCGAUUAAGCCUGUACAGUAAGAAAUGCCCUUUCUGGGACGACGAGAAUGGAAUGUGUGGGAAUGUGGCAUGUGCGGUCAAUACAUUGGACAAUGAGGACGACAUACCGCUUGUCUGGCGCGCGAAAGAAUUAGGCAAGCUAGAGGGACCUACGGCACAGCAUCCGGGAAAGAAGCAACAGCGAGAAGAGAGAAAACGACCGCUACACGGUAGUUUGGGUGACAACGUUGACGAGAGCUGCGUGGUGGAAUACGACGACGAAUGCGACGAGCGCGAUUACUGCGUACCGGAAGACGAGUCAGCGUCGGCAAAGGGGGACUACGUGUCGCUUGUGGAUAACCCAGAAAGAUUCACUGGAUACGCUGGUGUCGGGGCUCAGCAGGUUUGGGAGGCUAUAUACCGGGAAAACUGCUUCAGCAAGCCCCCAAAGAAUGCGCCCGCGACUGGUAAUUCUUCACCACCUGGAGGGUCACCUUUCGGCGGUUUCGGAAACCAGCAACAAUUGCAUGCUGCGAAUCAGCUCCGGAACGUCAUGCAAGAGCAGGGCAAGAAGCAAAAGAUCCAGUCCGCCAUUGCUCACGGUUCUCCUGUAGACAGCCUUGAUCCUGUCGAAUUUGACGAUACCUGUUUGGAGAAGCGCGUCUUCCAUCGCGUCAUAUCCGGCAUGCACGCGUCUAUAUCUACGCACCUCUGCUACGACUAUCUGAACCAGACAACAGGAGAGUGGGGCCCCAAUCUAGCCUGCUACGAGGAACGCCUGCACAACUAUCCCGAGCGCAUCAGCAACGUCUACUUUAACUACGCCCUCGUCAUGCGAGCUGUUGGUAAGAUCAGGCAGCACAUUUCCGACUACUCCUUCUGCUCCGAAGACCCUGAGCAAGACGUUCGCACCAGGAACUCGGUCCUGCGUCUUGCAUCCGCCCUUCCCUCCGGUCCUGAGAUCUUCGACGAGACAAUCAUGUUCAAAGACCCGGACACUAUGGUGCUGAAGGAGGAUUUCCGUAACCGAUUCAGGAACGUCAGUCGCAUCAUGGACUGCGUAGGAUGCGACAAGUGUCGACUUUGGGGCAAACUGCAGACGAAUGGCUACGGAACCGCACUAAAGGUGCUCUUUGAAUUCGACGAGAAUGAUUCCUCAAAGGACCCGCCGCUCCGCCGUACCGAACUUGUCGCGCUCGUCAACACCAUGAACCGUCUGUCGCACUCACUAUCCGCGAUCAAGGACUUCCGCCGCAUGCUCGAUGAGCGAGAGGGCUUGCCGAAAGCUGUUGCCUCCACACUCCCAGAGACCGACAAAGGAGUCUUGAAGACGAGACUAGCGCUUGAAGACUCUGAUGACGAGAAGCCAAUCAACAUUCUGACUGGCGGAGACGAUAUACCGGAUUUCAAAAGGGACUGGAAUGCGAAUCAAAUGACGAUGUGGGAGGUGGUGAAGGCCGAGUUUAAUUUAGUGAAGAGGACAUUCUACUAUGUGCUGUACCAGUGGACGCAGCUUCCUGGACGAUUUACCAAGAUCUUCAUCCUUGAAAUGAGGAGAUUCUACAACUGGUGGAUGGGUUUCGUGCCAGGGCCGAGGAGUUGGGAGAUUCGUAUCCCGGGACGAGAUGAGCUGUAA